UAGAUCACAAGUAAUCUUUGGUAAUAUUGUGUUGUGGAUGCCUUCUGCGCUCCUCUUGUCCGUUGAUCCACACAAUAGUUUAUUAGGAAGCAGAUCGUUUGAAAGUAGUUAGUUCGAGGGCCAUUAUGCAGUGGAAUUCCUCCUUUCAUUUUUUUAAUCAACAGUUUACCCAUUAUUCAUGUUUUGGUGCUCAACUACAUGAAAGAAGAGGCAAAUCUGGAAAACCCUAAGCUAGCACCAAGGUCUUUUCUGGUAAAAGCUUUCCUUUACUAAAGCUAGAAAUGCGUCCCUCUGGACUCCAUACAAGAGGAAUCCACCACUCCAAUAAAAGCCAAAAGUUUCAUUGUUUUUUACAGAGAUUCUUGCACCCACUUUAUUCCUUGCUAAAGCCUUAUAUUUGCCCCUGAUUUCCUGUAUGAACGAUAAUUUUUUCACCACUUUGCACAUGCAAAAUGGGCACAAUACCACACUUCCUUUGCAGCCAUAUCUUCUUUCUUCUUUUCCUUAGUCUUCGAUGUUCUUCUCAAAAGGCCUGCCCAAACUGUGGCUCCAUUCAAGUCCCGUAUCCUCUAAGCACAAACCCCAACUGCGGUGACCCGGAUUACUCUCUCCGUUGUGAUCCCGGCUCUCAGAAAAUUUAUUUUGACUCCUUGAAUGGAAGUUCUUAUCUUGUACUCGGCAUCAUGGCCGCAUCUCAACGCAUGGUGGUGCAACCAUCGGCAUGGCUGCCUGACAGAUGUGUUACUCAAGACAUGCUGGUGAGUGAAGGCCUUUGGUUGAACCAAUCUCUCCCUUUCAACAUCACUUCAUCCAACACCAUCUUCCUCUUCAACUGUUCACCCCGGCUUUUCGUCUCCCCUCUCAAUUGCACUCCUUCUAGUCUCUGUCACCGUUACUUGGAAAGCUCAGGGCAAGUUGAUACAAAGCGAGCACUUCAAUGUGCAAGUGGUCUUGACCCUUGUUGCACCUUUGUUGCGGGUGGGAUGCCUUCGGCGUACAAGAUACGGCUUCACAAUUCAGGUUGUAGAGCGUUCAGAAGUAUCCUUCAUUUGGAUCCUGAGAAGCCUGCUGAUCAAUGGGAAGAGGGGUUGGAAAUUCAAUGGGCUCCCCCAUCGGAACCUGUGUGUAAAACACAACUUGAUUGCUCUGGUGCUUCCAAGUGUUUACCUGCCGGUAUGAAUGGCAGCCUCCGGUGUCUUUGCAAUAAGGGACACCUUUGGGACCAUGCGCUUGGAACUUGCUUGAGAAGGAAGAAAAACACUAAAGCUAGACUCAGCUUAAAGGUCUCCAUAGGGGUAAUCUCCUUUUUCUCUCUAGCAGUAGUAAUAACUGCUAUCAUAGUAAGAAGAUCCUACAGACUCACUAGCCUAGAGAAGGUGGCCAAGGCAAGAGAGGAGAUGUUGAAGUCAAGCAAUGGUGGGAAAUCUGCGAGGAUGUUUCAUUUGAAAGAGAUGAAGAGAGCAACAAAUAACUUCUCCAAAGACAGGAUUUUAGGGAGUGGUGGUUUUGGGGAAGUCUACAAAGGUGAGCUUCAAGAUGGGACCGUUGUGGCAGUUAAGUCAGCAAGAGUUGGCAACGUUAAAAGCACCGAACAAGUACUCAAUGAAGUUGGGAUACUCUCUCAAGUCAACCACAAAAACCUAGUUAGACUGUUGGGUUGCUGCGUGGAAGGUGAGCAGCCAUUGAUGAUCUACGAGUACAUCUCAAAUGGAACCCUCCAUGGCCAUUUACAUGGCAAGUUUUCAACUUUCCUAGACUGGAAAACGAGGCUGAGAGUUGCAUUGCAAACUGCAGAAGCAUUGGCUUAUUUACACAAUGCUGCAUAUACUCCCAUCUACCAUCGAGAUGUCAAGUCCACAAAUAUACUAUUGGAUGGUGAGUUCAAUGCCAAAGUUGCAGAUUUUGGGCUCUCCAGAUUGGCUCACCCAGGGCUGAGCCAUGUAUCAACCUGUGCUCAGGGAACAUUGGGGUACUUGGAUCCAGAAUACUAUCGCAACUAUCAGUUAUCUGAUAAAAGUGAUGUCUAUAGUUAUGGGGUUGUGCUGCUUGAGCUUCUGACCUCCCAGAAGGCAAUUGAUUUUUCGCGUGAUCAAGACGAUGUCAACCUAGCCACUUAUGUGAGCCAAAGGGUCAUCAAUGGUGCAACCAUGGAGGUUGUGGAUCAGCGGCUUCUCAGCAAGGAGCUGUCAGGCGAUACACUGACAAGCAUAAAGCUCUUCUUAGAGCUUGCACUUUCCUGUUUGAGAGAGAAGAAGGGGGAUAGGCCAGGAAUGAAGGAUGUUGUUCAAGAACUGCAAUGCAUAAUCCAAAUUGUUGAUCAAGAAGAGGUGGUGGAAAUGAUUCCAAGAGGAUGCUUAUUGUAAAGUGAUUCCAAGGAUGGGUUUGAGUAAAAGGAAAGACAAAAAAGAAAGACUGGGAUCAGAUGCUUGCUAAAGUAUGAAAUGUUCCAAAAGAUAUGGACUUGCAGUUAUGAGGUAAUUGGAAUCACUUGGAGCUAAGCAUGAUUGUUGCUCUGGGAAAAAGCAAACCAACUUUUGGAAAUGGAGAAAGCAAUUACUUAAUACAGUUUGAAUUGGAAGAUUGGAACUGUCAAAAAAAGGAAAGCAUUACCGAGUAAUGGGUGCUUUAUGUAUGUGUGAAUCAUAAUGCAAAUCAACAUCAAAUUGUAUAA